GAAACUUUCGAUACCAUUUCAUCUUUGGUUUAUAAGGAAUCUAUGCUCUUGGAACCAACUACCUGUACUAUAAAUUACUAGGAGGAAUCAAACCUUCGUCAAAGCACUAGCAUUUGCAAACACACAACCCUCUCCUCUCCUAAUCCAUAAAAACUAUCUUUCAUUUGGCCUCGAGUAGAAGAGAAAGAUGAGUGUAGAAAUUUUGGAUGGUGCCACCAUUGUCAACUUCCUUCAGGAUGAAGAAGCAUUCAGUGCCUCAGUUCUUAACCGGUUCGCCUACCUUGACACAGACAAUGAUGGCCUUCUCUCGUAUGCGGAGAUGUUGAAGGAGCUCCAAAGCUUGAGGGUGUUGGAAACGCACUUUGGUAUUGAUGUGGAGCCAGACCCAGAUGAGCUUGCUCGUGUUUAUGAAUCCUUGUUCGUACAAUUCGAUCACAACUUGAAUGGCACCAUUGAUCUCGACGAAUUCAAGAAGGAAACGAAGCAGAUGAUGCUUGCCAUGGCAAAUGGAUUGGGCUUCUUGCCGGUUCAGAUGGUCUUGGAAGAAGACAGCAUCCUCAAAAAAGCUGUUGAAAGGGAGUUCCCAAAAGUGGCUUCUUAAGUACUAAUUUACUCAAGCCUGUAAUUCACAAAGUUCUAGUAUUGUAAUAUUUUUAAUGUCCUGUUUUAUAUUACUGUUUCCAGUAUAACGACUUACACUGGUUUUUUUGUAAUAAAUUCCUCAUGGUCGUGAACUGAUCUUAAUGACUUUUUACACAUCCAUAAAGGAAAAAUUACACCUGAGAAUGAUGAAAUUAUCACUGUCUAAA